AUGGAGAAUUUGCCAGAAACACUUUAUGUCGAUCCAAUCAGUGUGUCGUAUUGCACGACGCCAACAGACUCUACAGCCGCGGAUCAUGCCAAGAUAGAGCAAUGCAUACAAUUGCUUCAUGAACCAUUGCACAGAGAAGAAGCUCUUGCAAUACUAAACAAGGUGCAUGAACGAAGAAUUAAAGACAUGCCAGUGCUACUAUGGAAUGCCAACAAUGUAUCCUACAUUCUACUACAGGAGAUUUUAUCGGCUUACAAGCUAUUGUCACCUCCUACGCUUACUCGGAAAGAAGCCACGAGAGUUUGCAAUGCAUUGGCCUUGAUUCAGGCAAUGGCAACGCAUCCUGAAACAAGGAUGAAGAUUGUGAAAGCAAAGCUGCCUGUUUACAUCUACCCAUUCAUGAACACUACUGAGAGUCACGUCAAGCAUUUUGACUAUUUGCGCCUCACCAGCUUAGGUAUUAUUGGGGCGCUGGUUAAGUCAGAAGAUACAAACUCCCCAGAUAUCAUUCAUUUUCUUCUUGAAACGGAACUAUUUCCAUUGUGCCUUCGGUGCAUGGAAGUGGGAGGUGAACUGGCAAAAACGGUUGCAGCCUUUAUAAUUAGUAAGAUUCUGAUGUAUGAAGAGGGGCAGCGAUACUGUGGGACAUUCCCAGAACGGUUUUAUGCAGUGUCUAAUGUUUUGGCCAAUACCAUAGACCAGUUUCCUGGAAAACCACCAUCACAGUUGCUGAAACAUAUAUUAACCUGCUUUAUGCGUUUGACUGAUGUGUCUAGGGCACGUGAUGCGUUGAGCAAAUGUUACCCUGCCAAAUUGAGAGAUCCUGCAUACAUCAACUUUGCUUGUGAGGACAUGGCUGUUCGAAGACUUGCUGAUCAAGUGCUCCACAAUGUGACUGUUCACAGGACAUUUGGUUGAUCCAACAGCUACUAAUAGGAUGUUUCUGUAGUCUCUAAACAUCUUUUACAAAGGAAACCUAUGCAUUUUCUAAGAAGUUUUUAGAUUCAAUAAAAACCAGUCUUAUAUGUUAACUUAAUGACCGUUAAUUUUGGUUGAGUAUG